CAAUUUUGUUGCGACUGUACUAGCCGACGUGUUCCCCGUAGAAACCCGGUGAAUUGUUGUCAUUUCCGAUCACUUCACCCGUCCGGUGACACACCCCCUGUGAAAAGCCUUGCUUGGACGGUCAAUGGCCGUGAGGCUCCGGCACACGGGGAUGAGAGGAGAGCAGGUGCUGCGCUCCUGGCUGCGGACUCAUUGACUCUCUCUUUGGGCUCAUGAUGGCGCAGGGAGGGCCUCAGUUGGACUAUCAAAUACUGCAGGACCUCAGGCAGCGCUUCCCAGAGAUUCCAGAGACAGUAGUUUCUCAGUACCUUCUUCAGAACAACAAUAAUGCAGACCUCUGCUACCACCUGCUGGCUCAGGAGAGUAAUCGAUACCUGUAUGAGGAGUACCACAGUCCAGAUGACUUGCACUUAAACCGGAACCACAUGCUGCGUAUCAGUGUAGGCUACCCUGUUCCUGAUGGGGUCAAAAAUAUUCCUGGUGGCCGAGCUUUGGUCCACAGUUCCAGCGACGGGCAUAUCGAGCAUCCUCGAAGUGGCUUCCCCGAGCCUCUCUCUGCUCCCGCUACUGUGGCUCCAUCACCCGGAUAUAACCCCUUCUUUAAAACUGAUCAAUCACGAUCAAACAUCCCCACGCCUCCACCUAGCAUUCCAGGCAUGUCGCCCACUUACCACCCAGUCUCACGUUACAUGACUCCUAUAACAGUGACCCUCUCCCAAAACAUGCCUUCUGCCCCACAAGCUCUGCAAAUCCCACCUGGUACCUAUUGUACCAGCGGGAACACUGUGUACAUGCGUCCAUCACCGUCUCAAAGUCCUCAACCCACUCCCUGGUCCACAUCUGGAACAUCCAUGUACCAGCAGUCUCCUUACGCCACCCCAACGUACCAGUCCCCCUACAGCUCUCCCCAACAUCAGGUCCAGCAGCCGCCACAGGUGUUUCUACCCAUAAGCCCUCCCACCCUUCCGGGGCUGUCCUACCAGCAAACCCCUGUGUCCCAGAGGCCUUUUAUAUCCUCCAAAGGCCCCAUGAAGAACCAGAUAGAGAUCACAUUGGAGGGACAGCGACCAAGGAGCAAUUCCCCAGUACACACUCCACAGGGAGCACUCUAUAUGGCCACCAGCCCUUCCCCGAGCUCCCCAUCGCGGGCCAUCAGUAUGGCAGGACCUCCAGGGGCCUCCAUUCAUCAAGGAAUGUAUGCCCACCAGGCUGUGGCGAGACCCCGGCCUACAUCCUCUCCUCAGCCUGCCCCCUCCGCCUUCAUUAAGAUCAAAGUUUCGCCGAGGCAGGUGCAGGGUUCAUCAAAUUCUCCACCGGUAGAGACAGAAUCACUUCUUAACAUAGUGGACCAGGGCGAGCGGCAUGGUGCCCCUCCUCCGAUCCUGCCCAUCUCUGCGCUGCCGGGGAGCAUCGCCAACCAGAUCAACUGCAUGCCUAGACGGUCCAGCUCCGGCUCGGAUGACUAUGCAUAUACUCAAGCGCUACUCUUGCACCAGCGUGCUCGGAUGGAGCGUCUGAUGAAAGAACUCAUGCUGGAGCGCCAGAAACUGGAUCAGUUGAAGGCGGAAGUGAAUGAAAUGGAAUUCGACGCCCUGCAGAGACGCUUCAGACGGGUGAACAGCACCAGCCUGAUCCCUCGGCCCGAGGAGAUGACCAAAAUUCGGUCACAAAACAGACAGCUUCAGAUUGACAUUGAUUGCACCUUGAAGGAGACGGACCUGCUGCAGUCCAGAGGCAAGUUUGACUUGAGAACCAUGAACAACUUUUAUGAUAAUAUUCAGCCUGGUCCUGUUGUACCUCCGAGAGCUAAACCUACGGCUGUGCAACGAGACGAGGAUUUCGAAGGCGCUCAAUGGAACUGUGAAAGCUGCACUUUUCUUAACCACCCUGCUCUGCACCGCUGUGAACAAUGCGAGAUGCCGCGCAACACUUGAGCUUCACCACAACUCUUUCCCACCGGCCAUGAACCUCAUUCUUCCUAAUUUUCUGUUCCAUCAUGAAACAUUCAGUUCCCUCCUAUCAACCAACGAUUCGGUUCCCUUGUGCCCUCAGCUUCACCCAGCAAUAACUGAGCCGUACCACACAGAACAAAUAAAUAUUAUCCAAUCGGACUCACCCUGUGUUACCUCUUGAGGAGCUUCCUGCACUUGUAUUUACUUUUUUCUACUGAAAGAUGCUUUAAAAGUGGAAGGAGGGUGACUUGACUUCACACAAACAAGUAAAAGGGAUUGAUUGAUUGAUUGAUCGAUUGGUUGAAGUGGACCGAGAAGCUGUGGUUUUUAAGAGGAGGGGCGGGACUUCCAAAUGUGGAGGAGGAGGUGUGGUUUACCAAGCUACCAUUCCAAGCAGAAUAAGACUGCAGCGUUUACAAGAAAAGGCCCAAACAAUCCCUCGCACAGGGCUUCUUUCACAACACGUUCAUUGUAUGGAGAUACAAGCAGGGGCUGAUUCAUUUUAAUGUAGACUUUACACUGUAUGUGCUCACCACGAGCCCUUCUCAUGAAUGAAGAACACUACAAGACCUGCAUAUGAACCUAUACCUGGUACUUUUAUGCAUAUUAUGCCACACUGUAUUCUGUGUUGAAGAUGUUGAUUUCCUGUGCAAAUGCCUCAAGUUGCUGUACUUAAUAAAGGAUCUGAUUCUAUGUGACGAUA